AUGAUCGAUGAUUUCAACCAGCGUGUCAUUCGCGACACGAUAGCGGAAUUUGAUUCAGUGCAGAAGAUUGUGCCGAGCCUGCGAACACUGCUUCCAGUUUUGCACGACAAAAUAGGCUGGAAGUGGAGUAUUGUCUCGCUGAGAAAAGUACUUUUGUCUAUGGGAGUCAUAUGGCGUAAGGUCGAAAACAAGAGGAAUAGGAAGGGUGACUUACGCGAAGAGAGUGUCGUUGGUGUCACUGCAUGGGGGAGCUCACCGAGAAGACUUGUAGUUGCAAGUGUCGGAUCCAAGAAUGAAUUCAUCAAGGAAGGGCAACUUAUGUUCUGGGCAAAGUCGACAAAGGGCGAUUAUCACGGUCAGAUGAAUUCGGCAAACUUUGAGAAGUGGUUCGGAGAGAAGGUACUACCAAAUCUCCCACCUAAUUCAGUAAUAGUUAUGGAUAACGCUCUUUACCAUAACAGGCAAACAGAGAGAACACCAACGAAGUUUGACACGAAAGUACAAAUGCUGGACUGGCUGCAACGCAGAAAUAUCCCCUGUGAUGAGAGUAUCAGGAAGGACGAGCUGAAUGCAAAAGUACGACCGAAUAAGCCAGCUGAGAAGUCUUUUGCUGUAAACCAAUUGGAUGAAAGCAAAGGCCACCAGGUCGUUCGCUCGCCAUCUUACAACUGCGACUUAAACGCAAUAGAAUUAGCAUGGGCGAAGAUAAAAAGGCGUGUUAGGGAGCACAACAUAUCAGCGGACUUGGCUGCCACAAACAUGCUCAAGCUUGUGGACGCAGCUUUCCAGUCGGUUACUGCCAAUGAUUGGAAGGGAUAUUGCAAGAAAGUUAAAGAAACAGAAGAAUAUUGGGCACGUAAUGGUGUCGUCGAAAUUGCUGUGGACGAAAUUAUCAUUAACACAGCUACAUCAGAUGCAAGUGAGGAAGACUCAGACACACAAACGGAAGACAGUGACAGUGAAAGCGAAAGCGAUUGA